CUGCUGGUGAAAGAAAAGGAGAUGAGUAUAUUUUUAUGAACUCGUCACAAGUGUUUCCAAUGUGUGCUAGAAUUAAGAUGUAUUUAUUUGAAUUUUCUAAGAAGUAUGACAUUUUAUUAGGACAUGAAACUCUAAGUGUACUCAAUGCCAAUGUUAAUUUCAAGGAUAAGACGUUAGAUUAUGAUAAUGGAUCGAAAAAAUUAUUAUUUGUAAUGAAUUCUAGUAGUAACGAAAUUGAAUUGAAACCAGGUUUUAAUGUGAUAACUGUCCCAGUUAGGUCUAUUCCCAAUGUAGGACGAGGAUUGCUUAAACCUGUAACAAAUGAUAAAUUUAGUAUUGAAGAAGGUAUAGUAGAUAUAGUUAAUGAUGAAUGUACAUGUCUAGCGUUUUCUCAUGAACUCAUGACCAUCAGUCCUGAACCCAUGGAAAUAGAUGAGAUAGAAACUAUUUAUGAGCCAACUAAUGAAUCAGUGACCGAGAGUCCCGAACAUUUUGCAUUAGUGAAGAAUUUGAUUUUUGAAACUUUGCGUACAGAUCAUAUGAAUGAUGAAGAGAAAAGGGAGAUAUUUGAUUUAGUAAUUAAAUUUCCCGAAAUAAUCAAACUUGAAAAUAUCCCUCUAGGGUCGACGAACUUACUCAAACACAAAAUCAACACAGUUGAUGACAAUCCUGUAUACACAAGAAAUUAUAGGUACCCUCAAAUUUUCAAGAAAGACGUUCAAAUUGAGAUAGAAAAGUUGCUAAAGAACAAAAUAAUUCAACCCUCAAACUCCCCAUACAACUCUCCAAUAUGGGUAGUUCCCAAGAAAAUGGAUGCUUCUGGUCAAAAGAAAAUUAGAAUGGUAAUCGAUUACAGAAAACUCAAUGAAAAAACUAUAGCUGACAAAUAUCCUCUACCAAAUAUUGAAGAUCUAUUUGGAAAAAUAGGACGAGCUACGUAUUUCUCGACGAUAGAUUUAUAUUCUGGUUUCCAUCAGAUUGAAAUGGACCCAGAGUCUGUCCCAAAAACAGCUUUUUCAACAGAAGACGGCCACUUCGAAUUUCUAAGGCUUCCCUUUGGAUUGAAAAAUGCACCCCCAUUUUUUCAGCGUAAUAUGAACAUACUAUUUGCUAGAAUGCCGAAUGUUUUAGUGUAUAUGGACGACAUAAUUGUAUUCUCUGACAAUUUAGAGGAGCAUUUGAAACAUUUGAGAUCCGUUUUCAAAAAAUUGAAAGAACACAAUCUUAAAAUACAGCUCGAUAAAACUGAAUUUUUCAAAAGAGAAUUGUUGUACCUAGGACAUGUAAUCUCAGAAGAAGGAAUUCAACCAAAUCCCGCCAAAUUGAAAGCAAUCAAAGACUUCCCGAUUCCCAAAACCGAAAAACAAAUAAAACAAUUUUUAGGAUUAACUGGUUACUACAGAAAAAUGAUCAAAAACUAUGCAAAAAUCGCUAAGCCUCUGACUCAAGCUUUGAAAAAAGAUGUCAAGGUUGACAUUUCUAAUAAGGAGUACGUUAAUGCAUUUGAAAAACUGAAAACAAUGCUACAAAACAGUCCAAUAUUGCAGUUACCCGAUUUUUCUAAACAAUUCAUAGUUACUACUGACGCUAGCAAUUUUGCUAUUGGAGGAGUGCUUUCACAGAUUUUCAAUGGUAAAGAUCUACCUGUUGCCUAUGCUUCAAGGACAUUGAACAAAAAUGAGAUCAAUCUUUCAACCAUAGAAAAAGAACUAUUGGCUAUUGUGUGGUGUUGUAAAUAUUUUAGGCCCUACUUAUAUGGACGUAAGUUUUUAAUUCAGACUGAUCACAAACCUCUCCAAUGGCUUCAUAGUAUUAAAGAGCCAAUCCAAUUGAUAAGAUGGAAACUUUUGUUAGAAGAAUUCGAUUUUGACAUUACCUACAUAAAAGGGAAAACCAACUUUGUAGCGGAUGCUUUGUCCCGUCCUUAUGACGUCACUAUGAUGGAAAAUGAAGAGAAUGGUUUUCGAGGUUUCGAGGAUGGUUUUCGAGGUUUUGUGAAUGAUUUUCAAGGUUUGGAGAAUACUAGUGAUGACCCCCACGAAUAUGAUGAUAUAAGUAUAGACGAUUUGAUAAGGUUCAAUACUAACACUGACGUACCCUCGAUAGAUAGUAGUACCUACGAAGAUUUUUUUCAACGAAUAGGUACAUUAGGCGAGCGGAAUGAUAAUACUGGUAAUGAUAACUUAGUAAAUAAUGCUAAUCAAGGAAACUUUGUAAAUAAUAAUGCUUAUGAUGACAUUGAUCGUGAGAAUAUCGUGAGUAAUGAUAAUAAUGAUGACGAACAAGAAGCCGAGAACGAUAAUCGCAGCUUAGCUACGAUACACUCGCAAGAAAGCUCAAAUGAACAGGUAGUUAUAGCUGAUGAUGAUAAGUUGCUUAAUAUUGAGCAUAACCAACUUAUUCUUGAAAGAGGUGACCAAGCCCCUCAAUUAAGAAAAAUUUUUGGUAAAAGACGAUUGACCAUUUAUUUUAGGAACGCUAACGAUUAUGAUGACAUGAAAAAUAAAUGUAUUGAGUUUUUGAAACCAAAAACAGUAUAUGGAGUUUUCUGUUCGCGAGAAGGUGUUUUGUAUGAUGAGUACGAGAAAAUUUUCAACAAUUUUAAAAAUGUGUUAUUAGAAACGUUCGAUUCGAUAAAACUGAAAAGGUAUAAGAAAAUGAAUUUAGAUAUAGUGGAUACUGAUGAACAAAAACAGAUAAUUUCAAAUCACCAUGAAGGAAAGACGUACCACAGAGGUAUCAAUGAAACGUAUAAUCAGGUAAGAAGAAGAUAUUACUGGCCAUCAAUGCUACGAGACGUAACAGAUUACAUUAACAAGUGUGCUGUAUGCCUGAAAGUAAAGUAUGAUAGACAACCUGUUAGAGUCACAUAUAAAGUCACUCCUACUCCAGAUAAACCAUUUGAAAAACUACAAAUUGACUGUUUCCAAUACGAUAAAAUAAAGUUUUUGACAAUGAUUGAUUGUUUUUCCAAACGAUUAACAGUCCAUCCCCUAAAAAGUUUGAACCAAAUCGAUAUUCAAGAACGCCUGAAUGAUUAUUUUUCAUCUUUUCCCCUACCCAAAAUUAUACAAAUGGACAACGGCCGUGAGUUUGACAAUGCAGGUUUACGCGACUUUUUGAGAUUGUACGGUGUUGAAGCAUACUAUGUCACUCCUGGACACCCAGACUCUCAGGGCUUAAUUGAAAGAGCUCAUUCUACGCUUAUCGAAAUCCUAAAUGCAAUUCAAUUGGAGAAUAAAAACAAUUCAACAGAAACAAACAUGAAACUAGCAGUUAUAGCAUUUAAUAAUACGCUCAACUCAACUCUGAAAAUGACUCCCAUGGAAAUAACUUAUGGCAUAUCAAACAAUCCUUUUGUUAACAGAGUUACGGAAAGAUUGGUAACAGAACAACAGUCUCAACAAUAUUUAGAAAGAAUGAACUUAGUUCACAAGUUGAUAAAGAAUAAAAUUGAAUCCGAAAAACAAACACGCACUGAACAACUGAAUGUCAAUCGUGAAAAGGAUGUAGAAAUUGAAAAAGAACCUUACAUUAAAACAACUUUUAACAAAAAAACUAAACCGAAAUUCUUCAAAGUAAACUACAGUAAAGACGAUAAACUAGCUACGAACCCUCGAGCAAUUCAGAAACGCCCAUUUAAAGUACACCCCAAUAGAAUGAAACGCCCCAAAAAACUGGUGAAACGAAAGAACUUAUGUGUUACAGGACACGAUGAUACCAAUCCUACUUCUCCUGUUGCUGGCCCCAGCAGCACCUUAUGAAAUGAUUGAUCUGAGCAAAUCCUCCGGUGUUGCUCCCAUUAAAAUUCAGAACUCCUUUAUUGUUAACACGACAUACACAUAUGUUCAUAAAAUAAGUACUAGCUAUUUAAGAUUAGAAUUAAGUAAUAUAGAAACAUUUAUUGAUUUUUUAGCUAAUAAGGAUAUUGAUAAGAGUCGCCUAAGCAUCAUGAAAUUAAAUUUAAAGUAUACGAAGAGUAAAUUAAAUCAAAUCCAAUCAAUUAAUUAUAGACAAAAACGAGGCCUUUUUAAUAGUGUAGGAUCUGCACUUUCUUGGCUCACUGGUAAUAUGGACGCUAACGAUAAGGAACGAUAUGAUAAAAUUUUACAAACUGUGCAAUCAAACGAAUACCAUCUUAGUAAUAAUGUAGAAAAACAAUUUGCUGUUAAUCAUAAAUUAAUGGAGGAAUUCAACAAUGAAAUGAAAACAAUACGAUCAAAUAA